AAGAGCAAAAAUUUUGUUCUCAUUCCUAUAGAGCGAAAAGAGCUCCUGCGCGAAACUGAAAAACUCCAUUGUCGUUACCGGCAAAGAUGACCGCUGUACAAUUGCCGAAGCAAAAGGUACACAUGCUGGAAGGGCACGUCGGAGCAGUAUUAGCGGCGAGGUUCAACAGCAAUGGUGAGUACAUCCUGAGCUGCGGCAAGGACCGUACCAUCCGGCUAUGGAAUCCUCACCGUGGAAUUCACAUCAAAACCUACAAAGCUCACGGCCGUGAAGUCCGCGAUGUCCAUGUCACCCAGGAUAAUUCAAAACUUUGUUCAUGUGGUGGCGAUCGACAAGUAUUUUAUUGGGAUGUAUCAACAGGUCGUGUAAUUCGCAAGUUUCGUGGCCAUGACAGUGAGGUGAAUGCUGUGAAGUUUAAUGAGUAUGCUUCUGUUGUAGUAUCAGCAGGAUAUGAUAAAUCAUUGCGUGUUUGGGAUUGCAGAUCUCAUAGCACUGAGCCAAUCCAGAUCAUUGAUACCUUUCUAGAUAGUGUCAUGUCUAUUUGUCUCACAAAAACUGAGAUAAUUGCUGGAAGUGUUGACGGAACUGUUCGAACAUUUGACAUCAGAGUUGGGAGAGAGAUAUCUGAUAAUUUUGGGCAGCCUGUCAACUGUAUCUCUCUUUCAAAUGAUGGCAACUGUAUAUUAGCAAGUUGCUUAGAUUCAACCCUUCGACUUCUGGAUAGGUCUAGUGGCGAACUAUUGCAAGAAUAUAAGGGCCAUAUUUGCAAGUCUUUUAAAACAGAUUGCUGCCUUACAAACAGUGAUGCACAUGUAGCUGGCGGCUCGGAAGAUGGCUAUAUUUACUUCUGGGAUCUGGUCGACGCGUCAGUUGUGUCCAGCUUCCGAGCUCAUGAUUUAGUGGUAACUAGCGUAAGUUAUCACCCGAAAGAAAGCUGCAUGAUAACUUCUUCUGUAGAUAGCACAGUCCGAGUUUGGAAAGCAUGAGAUAUGGAACCAGAUCUUUUUCUGAUAAACCGUACAUGAAGAAAGUUGUGUACUCGAAUCAAACCAACAGUCAAUGUGAGAAUACCACUCACAUAGUCUGUCAUGAGAAUCAUGGCAAAGCUAAUACCUCAAUGCAAUCUCAAAGGUGCCAAUCUGGACUUUGAACUUACAUGUUGGUGAGCUUGAUUCUUUCUAUUUCUAGCUUGUAAUUACUAUUUAUGUGGUUCUGAUGUGAUGCUUUGUGAUAUGGUUUUGUUUGUGAUGUAGAACUUAUUGCAGAAUUUUUUUGAACCUCUCAUUUCAACCCUUCUCUUCCCCGACAUGUGAUCGGGGGAGGGUGGUGGUUUGGAUUGGAUGAUGUAGCUUUUUUAUGAUUAUGUAAACAUACAAAGUAGCUCUCUAACCAAUGACAAAUAUAAAGGGGAAAAAAAUGAUUUUGACUACCUAAAUAUUUCAUGCUAUUGCCUAUUA